CGUGGGUGCGGUUGUUCAAAAAUGAUAAUCUUGUUGCUCAUCGGAGCAUUGGGUUUACUGAUACCAUGGAUAUAUAAGCUUAAUAAAGACUACUGCAUUCUUGCGUUCUUUGCCAAAAGAGUUCGAACGAAGGAUGGAAUGCCUUUGGAAAUGGUAGCUCCCUUGGUCAAGGGUAGCACCAUAUUUGGCAACAGCUUUGACUUGUACGGCGUAGAUCACUCUGGUGUUUUUGAUCACUCUCGUGAUUGUGCUAAGAAAAUGGGUAAGAGCUACUUUGAGUAUGUGAUGGGAACAGCCAUUUACAAUGUUAUCGACGCGGUUAAUGCGGAACAUGUACUUAAUGAUCCGAAUCUUAUAAACAAGGCAAUUGUUUACAAUUUUCUGCAGCCAUUUCUGAGAACUGGUUUGUUGACAUCCACAGGCAAGAAAUGGCAUGCACGUCGGAAGAUGCUGACUCCCACCUUUCAUUUCAAUAUUUUGAAUCAGUUUCAGGAGGUCUUCAAAACGGAGAGUCUGAAGUUCCUACAGCAAUUCAAGGGUCAAGAUGAGACAACAAUCUCGUUGAAUGAUGUUAUACCCAGAUUCACUUUGAACAGUAUUUGUGAAACGGCCAUGGGUGUUAAGCUGGAUGAGUUGGCCGAGAAGGGCGAUCGCUACCGGGAAAACUUUAGCGAGAUUGAAAAAUGUUUCAUUCGUCGCGUAACUAACCCACUCUUGUGGGGAGAAACCCUGUUCAACAUGUUUGCAGCCAAGGACUAUGCUUCUGCCCUCGAUGUGGUCCAUGGAUUUUCAAGUGAGAUUAUUGCUAAGAGGAGAGUUUUGCUGGAGGAUGAGCUAGCCGACAAACAGGGCCCCCAAACAACGGAUGAUGAUCUCUUCACGACCAAAAAGCGGUUUGCCAUGCUAGACACCUUAAUUCACGCUGAAAAGGAUGGUCUCAUUGAUCACAUUGGGAUUUGUGAGGAAGUGGACACUCUUAUGUUUGAGGGUUAUGACACCACCUCAAUUGGCCUUACUUUUGGACUGAUGAAUAUGUCCUUGUAUCCUGAUAAGCAGGAAAUAUGCUUUCAGGAGAUCCAGGAGCACAUAGAUGAUGACUUGGACAACUUGAACAUCAGUCAGUUAAAUAAACUAAAGUACCUGGAAAACUUUGUUAAGGAGACUAUGCGUCUAUUUCCUUCUGUUCCCGGCAUGGGCAGAGAAACUAAUAGAGAAACGGAGCUGACGAAUGGUCUGAUCCUGCCAAAGGGUUCUCAAAUUGUUGUACAUGUUUUUGACAUUCAUCGCAAUCCCGAAUACUGGGAUUCACCUGAUGAGUUCCGUCCGGAGAGAUUCUUUCCAGAGAAUUCCCAAAACCGACACACCUACGCCUAUAUUCCUUUCAGUGCUGGCCAAAGAAAUUGCAUUGGUCAAAAGUAUGCCAUGCAGGAGAUGAAAACCCUACUGGUAGCAGUCCUGAAACAGUUUCAGGUCCUACCAGUUACUGAUCCGAAGAGCAUUGUCUUUCAAACUGGAAUAACUCUGCGAACCCAGAACAAAAUUCACGUGAAGCUCGUCAGAAGAAAGUGAUUUAGCUUUAAAGGCAACUCUUUCAAGGAACUCUGUUAAUCAUAAAAUGCAAUGUACAGCGCUUUUAUCCAAA